AUGCUCGCGCCGGCACCGGCGCCGGUGCGGCGGUGGCUGUGUCCGUCGACCCUUCUCAUUCCUCUGCGUCAAUGCCGGAACCUGAAGCUUCUGAAGGCGGCGCACGCGCUGCUCACUACGUCGGGCCUCCUCGCCGCCUCGCCUGACCCUUCUUCUCGCACGCUCUCCCGGCUGCUGUAUGCCUUCUCCCUGGUCGAACCAAUCCCAGCGCCCUCCUCCGCGGAGUAUGGCCUUUCCAUCUUCCGCCAGAUCCCCCGCCCCUCCACCUUCCCCCACAACGUCCUCAUGAGAAUCUUCACCCUCCUCGCCUCCCCUCUCGCCGCUCUCCGCGUGUUCCGCGCCAUGCGCCGCCGCGACGUGCCGCCCGACCUCCACACCUUCCCCUUCGCCCUCAAGGCCAGCACGCGCCUGGGCUGCCCCCGCCUCGGCCGCGCCCUCCACGCGCAGAGCCUCAAGGUCGGGCUCGGCGGGGAUGAGUUCGCCAUUAACGCACUGAUCAGCGUCUACGCGAGCUCCGGGGCCAUGUCAGACGCGCAGCACCUGUUCGACGGAGCUCCCCGCCGGGACGUCGUCUCCUACAACGCGCUCCUCGACGGGUACCUGAAGGCCGGCGAGACGGAUCGAGCGCGGGGGAUCUUCGAAAGGAUGCCUGAGAGGGACGUCGUCUCCUACGGGACCCUCCUGGCCGGGUACUCGCGGACCCGCCGGAGCGAGGCGGCGCUGGAGCUCUUCGAGGCGAUGAUGGCUGCGGGGGUAGAACCCGACGACGUAUCCCUGGUGGCCGCCCUCUCCACCUGUGCGCAGCUGGGAGCCCUGGGCCGCGGCAGGGCCGUGCACGCCUACAUCGAGAAGCGCCGCCGCAGGGGGAGGCCCAGCGGUGUCUUCCUCACCACCGCCCUCGUCGACAUGUACGCCAAGUGCGGACGCAUAAACGCCGCUGUGAUCGUCUUCCGGCGGAGCCCGGAGAAGAACGUCUUCACCUGGAACGCCCUCAUCGUCGGGCUCGGCAUGCACGGCCACGGCGAGCACUCCCUGGAGUACUUGCGCGAGAUGCGGCUCGCCGGAGUCCGCCCUGACGGCGUGACCUUCCUCGGCGUCCUCGCCGGCUGCAGCCACGCCGGCCUCGUCGACGCUGCGCGGCAGCUGUUCGCUGGCAUGGUGGCCGUCCACGGCGUCGAGCGCGAGCUCAAGCACUACGGGUGCAUGGCCGACAUCCUCGGGCGCGCCGGGAUGAUCGGAGAGGCCAUGGACAUGAUCGACGGCAUGCCGAUGGCGGCGGACGCGUACGUAUGGGGCGGCGUCCUGGGGGGUUGCCGCAUCCACGGCCACGUCGAGGCGGCGGAGGUCGCUGCCGCGCGGCUCCUGGAACUCAACCCUGAGGACAGCGGGAUCUACUCCGUCUUGGCCGACAUAUAUGCCAACGCGAGGAGGUGGGAGGACGUCGCCGCCGUGAGGAAGCUGAUGGAGGAGAGGCAGGUGCGGAAGAACAUCGCCCAUAGUACCAUCCAGGAAGAGAUGUUCCUGGGCACUUCACCUCUUCUGCUGUCUCAAGGCCCAUGA